AUGUCUCUGCUGGUUUCCGGAGAAGCAGAACCUCCUGCCUUCAAGCCAUUUACCAAAGCUGAACGAAUCCAGCAGCUCAAUGAUAUCGACAAGAGCAUAACCCAACUUCUCCAAUCUGCUGGGCUGGCGCUCAAGACACUCACUUCCGCACAAUCAGCGUCAAGGACAUCCGAGCGUCGCGAAGCCUUUGAAACAGCCUCAAACGCCUAUUUGAGAGCCCUUCGGACUGUCGAUGUAGGGCUAAAGAGACAAAUAUAUGGUUUAGAAGAGGCAGAUAUCAUACCCGCCGAGAAAACCAAAGCCAAGGGGAAACAAACAGAUGAUGGCCCGGCAAUGGGCAGCGCUCGCGCAACUGUACCUACCGAGGCAACUGUUGCCGAGGGCGGAAUGGGGAAGUUGGAUAUUGGCUGGCUGAAUAGUAGGAGCGGGCGAGUGGAGAGAGAUAUGGAAGCUGAACUCUGGGGAAAGGCGAGGGGUUUCGUGGAGGGCUUGGAGGGUUCCCAGAACGGAUUAUCUAACGAUGCCGGAAAAGAGAGGACAGAGGGAGGCGAGGAUGAAUAUAUGGCCAUCUGA